UUCAAUUCUUUAGCCAUGAUUCUUAUCAUAUGUUUCAGAAAUUCAUGAAUUACAAUAAAAGAAAAAAAAGGAGUAAUUAAAACAUUUGGAAAUGAUUGGCACUGCAGAAACUGCAUCUCAAUCAUUAGAAAUAUUUAGCAGCAUGUUAUCAUCAAAUACCUGCAGUAUAAUUCACUACUGAGAUAAUAUGAGGCCAGUUCUAUCAUUGAUUCAGUUUGAUCCUACUUAUAGAUUGUGUUUGCAUUCACAAAGUACCAAAACAAAAUCUUCAUAUCAAUCUUCUUUUAGCAGGCUAUUGAAAACGUCAAAUACAUCAACAACAAACAGUACUCCUUCAAGCUCUGAUACGAGCAGCAUGUCAUCAGCAACUUCCAUCGUAUCAAGCGUAGUUGGUAGUAUUGUGACAAUUGUUGUAGUUAUUGCAAUUAUCAAAUGCAUUCGGAAGAACAGAAUGCAAGCAAGGAACACAUCCAUGCAGACAACUAGUGUAUCUGUUGUGAAAGAUGAAACAAACAUCAACAUGGUUACAAUCGAGCGGUUUCUAGCAGAUAUAGUAAAAGAGAGGCCUGUUAGAUUUACUACUCAGAAUAUUAUAGAUUUUACUCAAAACUUUGAACAGAAAUUGGGUUCAGGAGGUUUUGGAAUAGUCUACAAAGGACAGUUACCCAAUGGUGUGCAGAUAGCGGUUAAAGUACUUCACAAAACUCAAGAUAAAAGAGCUGAAGAGCAGUUCAUGGCAGAGAUAGGAACCAUAGGAAGAACAUACCACAUCAACCUUGUUCAGCUCUACGGAUUCUGCUUCGAUGACACAUUGAAAGCUCUUAUUUAUGAGUACAUGGAGAAGGGAUCGCUGGACAGUUACUUGUUCGAUGAGAAUCAGAAGCUCAAAUGGGAAAAACUUCAUGAGAUUGCCAUUGGAACAGCCAAGGGGAUCAGAUACCUGCAUGAGGAGUGUCAGAAAAAGAUUGUGCAUUAUGAUAUAAAGCCUGGAAACGUUCUUCUCGAUACAAAUUUCUCUCCAAAAGUGGCUGAUUUCGGAUUGGCAAGGCUUUGUGAUAGAGAUAAUUCCCACAUUAGCUUGACAGGAGGCAGGGGAACUCCUGGUUAUGCAGCACCAGAGCUCUGGAUGCCAUACCCUGUGACUCACAAGUGUGAUGUUUACAGCUACGGAAUGCUCCUGUUUGAGAUACUGGGAAGGAGACGGAAUCUCAUUCUCAGUCAGGCAGAGAGCCAAGAAUGGUUUCCGAGAUGGAUAUGGCACAAGUUUGAAGGAGGAGAACUAGACGGUGUUAUGACAAACUGUCGGAUUGAACACAGUAACAGAGAUAAAGCAGAGAGGAUGUGCAAGGUGGCAUUGUGGUGUGUUCAGUAUCAACCAGAUACAAGACCUUCAAUGAACAGCGUUGUGAGGAUGUUGGAAGGAGAGGAAGAGAUCAUUGCACCAACUAAUCCAUUCCAAUAUAUGAUGUCAUUUGAUGGGAGUUCAUCUCAGUGGAGUGAAAGCAGAGGAUAUUCAACUAGCACAACAACAGCAACAAAUGAAAGUGAAGCGAAUAGUUUGAUUCACCAAAAUCAGCAGUAAAACUGUAAAUUCAGGAAAUUCUUGUUCAUUUUGUUCAAAUUCCAUAAAUUCUAUCAACUCCAUAUCUCUUUCCAAACAGUGUUGUAUAGUCCUCUGAGCAUCAGUCUCAACUAUCAAGAGAUGUUUCAUUGAGGAAUUUUAGGCACCACAAAUUGUAAAUAUCUGAAGCAAUACAUCAAGGAUGUGAACAAGUCUGCGGUCGCCACACAACCAAUUUGCAAGGAGGACCUCAUCUUUGGCCAUGGCUUUACUCGCAUUUGGGAAAUGGUAAGUAUAACGUCGUAAAUUCUCAAAGACUAACGUGCUCAGGGAGCUACUCAGUGAAGAUGUUGGAAGGGGAGAUGGUGAACGAUUUGUGGAGAUAGAGUACCUUUCAUGAAGAUUUUCAUAGGUUGAUAAAAAAUGUCACUGAAAUCAUGAAACUCCAAAUGUAUUAGAAUGAUGUCCUCACUACUCAUACAUUUCAUAAAAAAUUGGAGAAAAUCACUGAGUAAAUGUGAAAUAAAUCCUCUUUUUUAAUGCCCAAUGUUAACACUUCUCAUUCAGUGAUGUCCCAACCUCAGACAAUCAAAACGUGUUGAGUCGUUGUAAAGAAGGUAUUAAUUGUACUG